CCCACAGAAACAGUCCCACCACCAUGUCGGACGAGGAAGUUGAACAGGUCGAUGAGCAGUACGAGGAAGAAGAAGAGGCCCAGGAGGAAGAAGUCCAUGAAGAAGUCCAUGAACCAGAGGAGGUCCAAGAAGAGGAGAAGCCAAGACCCAGACUCACUGCUCCUAAGAUCCCGGAAGGGGAGAAAGUAGACUUUGAUGACAUCCAGAAGAAGCGUCAGAACAAGGACCUCAUGGAGCUCCAGGCGCUCAUCGACAGCCACUUUGAAGCGCGGAAGAAGGAGGAAGAGGAGCUGAUUGCUCUCAAGGAGAGGAUAGAGAAGCGCCGUGCGGAGAGAGCUGAGCAGCAGAGAAUCCGUGCCGAGAAGGAGAGGGAGCGCCAGAACAGACUGGCGGAGGAGAAAGCCCGGAGGGAGGAGGAAGAUGCCAAGAGGAGAGCAGAGGACGACUUGAAGAAGAAGAAGGCCCUGUCCUCCAUGGGCGCCAACUACAGCAGUUACCUGGCCAAGGCCGACCAGAAGAGAGGCAAGAAGCAGACCGCCCGGGAGAUGAAGAAGAAGGUGCUAGCAGAGAGACGCAAGCCGCUCAACAUCGACCACCUCAGCGAGGACAAGCUGAGGGACAAGGCCAAGGAGCUCUGGGACACCCUCUACAAACUGGAGACCGACAAGUUCGAGUUUGGGGAGAAGCUGAAGCGCCAGAAAUAUGACAUCACCAACCUCAGGAGCCGCAUCGACCAGGCCCAGAAGCAGUGAGUAGCCCCUCCCCGGGGCUCUGUUCGGGGCACGUGGCCCCACGGGGCUGGCCGCCGCUGCCCGACCCCGGGCCCAGCGAUUUCGGCCAGUCCUGGUGGCAACCGACCCUCGGCAGAGCAGUAACAAGACUAACCAGCGGCCACUGGAGCCCGCAUGUCUGGGCCCCACACCCCCGGACCUGCAGGCUCCUCUCCUCACCCCAGAGCCUAGGAGGAGGCCGACUGCGGGGACAUGGGCGGUCCCGGGCCAGCUCCCCAGCAGCCUGGCAAAGCCAGACGGGGCUCCUGGACAUCCCCACACUGAGCUGCCUCAGCGGUGAGCUGGCGCAGGCCAUCAGAAGCCCGGGCUUUGUCAUGGGUCUCCCUGCAGCCCCGGGGGGGCCUCUGGUUCCUCGGAACAUGAACCCUCUGUCCAUAAGGUCACCCUGGGGUCUGCGGGACCCAUGAGCACAGCGGCUGGGAAAGGUCUGGAGAGGGCCUGUGCUCUCGCUCCACCUGCGUUGGGAUGUUCCUCCCAGCCUGCGCUGAGCCCGUUCCCACCCCACACGGUGCAGUGUCCCCAGGACUGCUCGGACGGGGGUUUCCCUCCUCCACUGGCCCCUGCCCCCUUACUGCUCCCAGGGCUGGGAUCCUCCGCCCUGGGGGACUAGUGAAGGUGACCCCCUCCUCCCUGGACUCUGUUGUGUGAGGCUGAUGCGGGCCUUGUGAGAGCCCUUUCAUGCGUGUGCACGCGUGUGCAUGUGUGUGUGCAUGCGUGUGUGCAUGCGUGUAAGGGUACUCAGGCUAACCCCUGCAGGACGGACCACGGGCACAGCCACCGGGGCCAGGGCUUCUCCCGAAGCCAGCCUUGGGAACUGCAUGGCCUUCUCCAGCCAGAAGUCGUCCCAAAGGGUCAGCUUCCGGGGCCCACACACCCUGUUCCCCACCCAUGGCAUCCUGACCCAGCACCCAACUCCCUCCUGGCUCCCUGGUGCAUAGAGGGCCUCCGACAGACAGGGCAGGAUCCUAAGGAUGGCCGCCCUGCAAGGUGCUGACUUCCCCCCACUCCACGGUCCAGUUCUAACAGGGGACUGAAGGCCGGACAGAGGCCUCCCAGGCCCCAAGUCUACCAGGCCUGGUCUGCUGGCCAAGAGUCAGGGACCAAGGUAGCUGACUGUCCAGAGCCUCUCCUGCCCCAGGAGGCUGUGACCUAGGAGGCUCUUUCCAGGCCACAGUCACUGGGAGGAUGAUAGCCAUCUGCAGAGACGGCUUCCCUGGCAGGCCUGGGGUCUCCCCGAGGUGGGGCCCCUGGAGCCCAAGCUCCUGGCCGGGGUUAGGGGGUGUCCUGUGCUCUCUGGUCCCUCCCCUAACCACACUAACUGUCCCAGCACAAGGCGCCCAGGCCCAGCCGGGCCAGGUACAGGUGAGUCGCCGCUGCUUGGAAUGUGUGCCCGGGGCUUUGAGGUCAGACUGGGCGUUUCGCCCUGAUAGCGGCCUGGGUGGGCAGAGCUGC